GGGAAAGGAAAGGAUUAUCGGUUACACGAAAGGUGUAACACUGUCCGGCUGCAACGGAGCUUCCUUCUAUUAUAAUCACCUAAAGAACGUUAUGAGCUUGAAAUUAGGUUAAGGUUACUAGUAUAGACAAUCUUCACUCAACCUUGGAACAUUCAUCGGCAUUUUCACUAUCAAUCAGAUACUAUUCCAAAAUACAAUGUCGAAUCAGCCUACAGCUUACGACAUCAAAGGAACCAAACAGGGGUUAUAUCUACUCCGUGGGCCAUCUUCCACCGCAACUGUUGAUAUCGUCGCUGUGCCUGGGCUGGGGGCUGACCCAGAUGGAAGCUUCAUCCAUCGGGGUACCCGUUUCAGUUGGCUCUCCGAUGAACACGGGCUUGCGAGGGAUUUCAGCGAUGCACGAAUCUUUAUGUACAAAUACAACUCCUCGUGGAUGGGCAAGCUAAAAGUCACGAAUUUCCUAGAUGAUAUUGCCACAGGGUUGUUGUUUGCACUGCGUUCUGAGCGAGAGGGAAGCGAGGAACAAGAGGACUGUCAACGUCGCCCGAUAGUGUUCAUCGGUCAUAGCAUGGGAGGCCUCGUCGUAGCUAAGACUGUGAGCUUAGCUGCACAUCAUUAUGAUAAGUAUCCAAAUAUCUUUGAGGCAACUUCAGGUUGUAUCUUCUUUGGUACACCAUUUGGGGGGGCACCCGCAUCGAGUGUGGCCGCUAUGUACGCCAGCGUGGCCGGGUGGAUUGAUGGGACCGAGCCUUCCGCACUUCUCCAGAUCAUGCAGCCCGAUAGCGAAUACCUACGAGAGCUAAAGAAAGAUUUCCUCCAUCUCGUUAUUAAGCUCAAGGAUAAAAUCCAGGUGUUUUGCUUCUGGGAAAAAAACCCGACGGACUUCGCCAAGGUGGCUAAACAAAAAAUCCUUUCAAUAAUCCAGCCUUUCAUUUCCCAGAAAUACCAAGAACUGGUUAGCAAAGCAUCAUCAACGUUUGCUGAACAUGAGGACUGUGGACUUCAGAGUGAUCACAGCGGUCUGGUCCGGUUCGAGUCGUUCAAAGAUGAGAAAUAUAAAUUGGUCCGGACUCCCUUAAAGGAUAUCAUCCGUAAAGCACAUGACGUGGCAAGGGACAGAUUCAACAGUAUCGGCAAUGUUGACCGAGAUACGGCGAAGAACCUUAUCAAUUCACUCGAUGGUGUUCCCGUGCAGGUGAAGUUCAAUUUGUUGAAGACGAAGAUGGCAUCCCAAUCGUGGAUUAUGGGUGAACCAGAAUACUUGAGUUGGGUUGCUGGUGCUGCUGACAAGCAUGAAGGUUGCGAUGAUCAGAAAUGGCUUUGGAUCCAUGGCCCUGAGGGAAAAGGGAAAACAAAUGCGACGAUAGCCGCAAUCGAAAAAAUAGAGCAGAUCUCGGCCGAAGCUAACAGGAAGAACGCCUUACCGGUCCUCUCUGCGUUUUUCUUCUGUGACCAGACCCUCGGAUGUUCGAGCGCCGAAGAACUCCUCAAGUCCGUCUUGCGGCAAUUAAUAGUUCAACAGGAAGCACUGGCAUCCCACGCGAUGAAAUUUACAGAAAACCGAGCCAAUAGUCAAGACACCGGCAUGCAGGAUUCGUCACUCACCAGAGCUGGCUUUACAGUGGAAACCCUUUGGCAGAGCUUACUAGAUAUGUUCACUGAUAACCUAGUCGGCACAAUAUACAUAUUUAUCAAUAAUCUUCACGAGCUCUCGAGUAGCUCUAGUUCUACUCAAGUAUUCCUAGAACUGCUGGGAGAAUUAGCGAGCACAGACCCGCAUGAUUCGUCAGCCAAAAUUCGAGACAAAAUCCGAGAUGAGAUUCGUGUCAAAACCCGAUGGUUUCUCACUAGUAGAGAUCGACAAGACAUUAGGAUGGUACUUCUAACAAAGCAAACUCACGUCAUUGAUUUGAACCACGGGAAAUAUGAGAGCAAAGUCCAGUUGGAGGUGCAGUGUCAUGCUCAUAUGAAAGUUUCCGAGCUUCAGAACCGAAAGAACUAUAACAUGGCCUUGUUAUACUUCAUCGAAUGCCUGAUUAAGAGACGGGCAGAAACGACAAAAUGGGUAGAUGUUAUAUGCAUGUACCUUGAAGCUCUACCAGAUGAUGCAAAAGAUCUUGAAGUCAGACGCUUCCUGGAAAAUUCCCCACAGGACAUGAACAUGGUCUUUGAUCGUGCUUGGAAGUCGUUGUUGGAUAAAGAAGACCCUGAUACUAUGAGAACUCUAGAGAUGCUUCGUGCAUUAGUCCUUACUUACAAGGAUCCCACUGUGGAAGAGUUAGCAAUUCUUACGGGGUUCUCUUCUAGCCCAGAAAGGGGCAUGCUGCAAUCGCUAAUUCAGAAAUGUCAUCCGCUUUUGACCUGUAAGGAAUCAGGUAGCGAGGGACAACUCGUCAGCUUCGUAAAUGACGACAUCAAGACAUAUCUGAAGACAAAUUCAGAAAGCUUGCUAGGACUUUCAGACGAGGAACAGAAGUGGCAACAUGGUAUGAUCGCACUUCGAUGCUUUACUCACGUUUUGAACAAUGUGGAAGAAACAAGGGUGCCAGAGGAUGAUGGGGAGCAUGGCGACUCUGAAAAAAUGGCAACGCUGGAUAACCUUAGGCGAGGAAAUGAAUCACAAGAUGGAGGUAAUGGGAAUGGAGGCUCCCCUCCCAAGACGGACGAUGGCGAAAAAGAAGCGGCACCUGUGGAUCAGUCAAGGGACCGAGGGCCCCCUCUCCAGCCUUACGCUGUCAAGUAUUGGUUACGCCAUGCUAGCGAAGCUACCUCCGACAUAGCCCAAAUACUCUGCGGGGAAGAAAGGUUCUGGAAGGCCGGAUCGACUAUUAUGUCAGAUUGGCUAAAGGAAUACAGUAAAGGAGAUGGCAGCUUCGAUGGCGUCGACUUCGCAAGCUGGAAAGCUCUCCAUGUCGCAGCGGCUAUUGGUUAUGCACAACUGAUUGUGGCAUUAAUUGAAAACGGCCACCAGAAUGAAAUAAAUCUGAGAGAUAAGAAGGGUUUUACCCCGUUACACUUAGCCGCUAUGUUCGGGCAAGCCAACAUUGCUGAAGAACUCCUCAAUAAGGGAGCCAACAUCAACGACGACAGCGGCGAGGCAGGAACUCCUCUGUUUCGGGCGGCUACAACAGGUAAUAUCGACGUUAUAGGCCAACUACUACAACGGGACGACUGCGAUGUUCGUGCUUCAACAAAGGCGGGGCCUAUUCUGAAUGCAGCAAUCGGGUCAGGUAAAUUAGAAGCCGUCAAACUGCUCGUGAAAAAAGGCGUCCCGCUGGUUUCAAAAGUCACUGGUCAUUGGUCACCUCUUGCAUUUUCGGUACUUGGUGAUCUGACUACCUUUAUCUAUCUAUUAGAUAGUGGGAAGGCACAACUCACUGCAAGAGAAUAUGACGAUGCUUUCUUUCUUGCGGCCAGCACAGGAAGAAUCAAGGUUCUGGAGAGACUGAUUCAAUUUGAUAGUAGCGUCUGCGGUUUUCAAAGAGCUCUUGAGGGUGCCAUUAAAUACAAAAGAUGGGAUUCAGUACCAGUGCUGCUAAGCUCAGGCAAAGGAUUGCAACUAGAAGGAGUUCUCAAGGCUGCUGCUGACAUGAAUAACUCAGAUGACGUUCUCAAAGCUAUACGGAAUCAUACAGGUGGGCAUAUCUCCUCAAAGGUGGUGGAUGACUGUCUUUGUAAGGCAGUACACAACGAAAAGAUGUCGACGGUGAAAAUACUCCUUGACGAGUUUAAGGCCAACCCAAACGCAAUUAACAGCGAAGGCUAUGGCAAUGCUUUGACGGUUGCUGCCAACGAUGGUGCUUUGGAAAUGGCGAGGAUGUUGCUGAACGGAGGAGCCCACGUGAAUUCCAAAGAUGGAUGGGCACUGCAAGCAGCCGCAGCACACGGCCAUAUGGACGUUGUUGAACUGCUUCUCGGAUCUCAUGCAGAUGUCAACGCCUAUAAUGAGCAUUUCCAAUCAGGAACCGCUCUACAAGCCGCAUGCGAAGCUGGACGGACUGAUAUCGUCAGAGUGCUUCUCAAAUUCAAAGCAAACCCAAAUCUUGGCAGUCGUUAUAGCCGUCCCAUCCUUGAAGCAACACGUCGAGGAGAGACCGAAAUACUCGAGAUACUGCUAGAAGCACCCGAACUUGAACUAAACAUAUUUAGCGGCUCCUGUGAUAGAACAACACCUCUCAUCCAUGCCGCGAUGACCUGUCCUACCAUGUCCCUCCAACGGAUGGUUGACAGAGGUGCCGAUAUCAACUUGCCUAAUGCUGACGGUGAUACGCCAUUGAUUGUCGCAGCGAGGAGAGGAGACAUUGGGGUUUUGAGUUUUCUUCUUGGGAAUGAUGCUGAUAUUCUUCAUGUCAGCAAGCGUAACCAGACAGCUCUGGAAGCUGCAAUCGAGCAUGGGAAUGAGGAAUGUGUUUCUUUCCUUGCCGUACGCGCAUCAAGCAUCUUACGGGCGUUAGCGCUCACCAGGGAUGUAGGACUUUCUGGGAUUCUUCACCAAAAAACUGACAUCGUCCAAGAAGGUAGAAAGCUUUACCAAGACCGCGAAUUUAUGAACCUAUCACCGGGCAAAGGGUAUGGCGAUGACAGAGAGUAUGUUAUUAAGAUGAACAACAACAUUGGGCGUUGGCUUCCUAAGCCACAGGAGAUUUCCUCUAAGGGCUAGGGCUAUCGCUGGCGCUGGCGUUCAUACUGUAUUCAGGACACACCACCAAACUUGGGGGUAUUCAUCCCUUAAACUAGGUACUACUCUGCAAGGAACAGGAACAGGUUAGGAAUAUGGGAAUGGUGAUAUAUCUCGGGGCUAGGUUUAUAUAGCUCAAUUGAAG